AUGGAUCCUUUUAUAAUUGCUGCUGUUUUAAGUGCUGUAGUUAUAAUUAUUUUAUCGGUUGCAUUUUUGCGUGUAACGCGGAUUAAAUCUCAACCUGGAGCUAAACCUAGAGCGGUAGCUCAACGUGAUGGAGGUCCUGGUCGAGUGCAAGCUGUUAGAAAUCAGAGAGCUCGGAUGAGAGCAAAUGCUGCUCGUCAUCAAGCAGCAUUGAUUGAAGAGGAACCUGGUGCAGCAGAAGACAUUGAGGAAGAAGGUAUUCCCGAAGCUCAAAAAAUUGAGUUUGAUGAUAAAAUGGGGGCUAAAAAACGUGCGAAGUUGGAAGCUAAGUUAGAGAAGAAGAAGGCAAGAGAAGCAGAGGAGCAUAUGCGUGAAAUAAAACGAAAGAAAAAUGAGGAGCUUGAGGAAGAAAGAAGAAAACAAGAGGAAAAGAAAGAAGAAGAAGAACGUAAAGCAGAGGAAGCUGAACGAAAAACUGAAGAGGAGCGUAAGAAACGUGAGCAAGAGGAAUAUGAGGCGAUGAAGGCUGCUUUCACUGUAGAGGGCGAGGGCUAUGAGGAGAAUGAAGAACAGGACAAAGAGAAUUUAUUAAAGGACUUCAUAGAUUAUAUUAAGGCACAGAAGGUAGUUUUACUUGAAGAUUUAGCAGCACAUUUCAAAUUGAAGACGCAAGUGGCCAUUGACAGAAUAACUGACCUACAGGCUUCUGGAGAGCUAACGGGGGUGAUAGAUGAUAGAGGAAAAUUUAUUUAUAUUUCACAGAAGGAAUUAGAAGAUGUUGCCAAGUUCAUAAAACAAAGAGGAAGAGUUUCCAUUACGGAUUUAGCUGAAUCAAGCAAUGAUUUAAUAAAUCUAAAUCCAGUUACUGUGUCAUAA